CAACAGUCCGUCCGCCCAGCCAGUCGCUAGUCGACGACGCUCGCGUUGUGACGCUUCGGCUGUCAGGACUAGUAGACGCUCCAAGAACUUUAUUCCAACCGAACUCUAUCUCUCAGUGCCCGCGCGAUCGCCGCGCGAAUUUUUAAACUCAGUGCGUGGACUAAUAUGAUAGACUCUUUUUAUCUUUAAAAGUUUCUUUUAUUUUUUUUUAUUGUUUCUUUUUUUUUCAUUAUGGCUUUUAAGUAUUUUUUGAAGAUUUUUCGGUUUUGUAUACUUUCGUUUUUUAUACUUUAUAACGAGUUGGUCAGCAGCCAGGCCCAGAAUGGUGGAGAAAAUAAAAUUCCCAUUGGUGUAGUGUUUGAUCAGAAUACUGAGGAAAUACAGAACGCUUUCAAGUUUGCGAUGCUGCAGCAUUCUAAUAGUGCGAACAAAUCGAACCUCGACUUCCAACUCUACGUAGAUAUUAUCAACACGGCCGACGCCUUCAAACUGUCACGACUCAUUUGCAACCAAUUCGCGCGAAGCGUAGUUGCUAUGCUGGGUGCAGUUGCUCCGGAUUCAUUCGACACCUUGCAUUCUUAUGCAAACACGUUCCAAAUGCCUUUUGUCACGCCAUGGUUCCCCGAGAAGGUGAUCCCCCCCUCUUCAGGACUCAAUGACUAUGCUGUCAGCUUGCGUCCCGACUACCACCGCGCUGUCAUUGCUACUAUCACUCACUACGGAUGGAAGAGUGUUAUCUACAUUUACGAUUCCCAUGACGGUUUACUGCGCCUGCAGCAGUUGUACCAAAGCCUGCAACCUGGAAAAGCGUCAUUCCGCAUAACAAAUGUGAAGAGAGUGUCCAAUGCAUCUGAUGUCGUGGAAUUUCUGCGUACUAUUGAAAAACUGGACCGUUGGAGCAAUAAAUAUGUGGUUCUUGAUUCCACCACUCAACUUGCUAAAGCUGCACUAAUUAUGCACGUACGGGAUGUGCACCUUGGCCGUAGAAACUAUCAUUACUUCCUAAGCGGACUGGUUAUGGACGACAGAUGGGAGAAGGAAGUUACUGAAUACGGAGCUAUCAACAUCACAGGAUUCCGUCUACUGGAUUUUUCCCGAAAAGUUGUCCGUGACUUUAUUGACGCCUGGAAGAGAGAGACAAUUUCUGCGCAAGCUGCUCUUACUUAUGACGCAGUGCAGGUAUUAAUUGAUGCCAUACUUCGACUGGUAAAAAAGAAGCCUGAAUUUGUACGAGCGACCAUGCGCCGCGCGAAUUCAAAUAGUACGAACAAAUCUAUGGACUGUAACCCGAAAAACAAAUUCAUACCUUUUGAGCACGGCGAGAAGAUAUCUCGGAUGAUAAGAAAAACGGAGAUUGUGGGAAUAACGGGCAACAUACGUUUCAAUGACGUAGGACACCGCAAGAACUUCACUCUUCAAGUUAUGGAACUGACCGAAGACGGUGACAUGAUUAAGAUAGCAACUUGGUCUGACAAUAGAGGAUUCGUACCUGUCAAACCUAAGAGGAGGGCGCCUAGCUUCAUUGGAACCUAUGAUCGCAAUAAGACGUAUAUUGUGACCACCAUCGAGGAGCCACCCUACAUCAUACGCAACGACCCCGAAGACCCAGAAUACGACCCCGACGAACCAUUCACUGGAUUUUGCGCCGAGCUCACAAAAAUGCUUGCCGAAAAAAUGGAAAUCAACUAUGAAAUCAAGAUUGUGAGGGAUGGAAAGUAUGGCAGUGAAAAUCCUACAUCACCUGGCGGCUGGGACGGAGUGGUGGGCGAGCUUUUGAGAAAGGAGGCGGACAUUGCCAUCGCUCCACUGACUGUGACUUUGGAACGCGAAUCGGUCAUUGAUUUUAGCAGACCAUUCCUAUCUUUCGAUCUUAAACCUAAUAAAAAUACGGAAAACACUACCAGUGCUAUAUUUAGCUUCCUUCAACCACUUUCGAUGGAAAUAUGGAUUUCGAUCCUCUGCAGCCUUUUCGCAGUAAGCGUGGUGUUAUUCAUCGUAUCUCGAUUCUCGCCUUACGAGUGGCGUGUUGUCUCUUUCACUGAUUCUCACUCUGACCAUUCCGAUGUUUCUACUACAAAGACCACCGUGGUGAACGAAUUCAGUUUUUGGAAUUCUAUGUGGUUCUCGCUUGGCUCCUUUAUGCAGCAAGGCAGCGACAUUAACCCCAGGUCAAUUUCGGGAAGGAUUGUGGGCUGCGUGUGGUGGUUUUUCGCAUUGAUCGUGAUUUCAUCAUACACAGCUAACCUAGCUUCAUAUUUGACUCUGUCUCGUAUUGCGGAACCAGGUGCAUCUUACACUAAACUGGCUACGUGCCCCGAGGACACUAUUGACGUACCGAAAGUUGUACCAACACCAACUGAAUCUCCCGAAAAGGUUACGGACGAGCAUGGUUGGCUUGCCUAUAUUAUGGAUCGCCCAACUGCGGCGCCUGAGGAAGACAAACCAUGUGAAAUGGUAGUUUCCCUGACUCACUCUGGAUACAAGGACUUUGCUGUUGGUAUCCCUAAGGGAUCCCAGCUGCGGGACGGCGUAAAUAUGGCAUUGCAAUCACUGAAAGAGGAAGGUGCCAUUCCGAGACUGGUGCGCAAAUGGUUUACCAAAUCUGAGUGUGAUCAUUCUGACAAUGAAAAAGGAUCCGAGCUGACUUUGAGCCAAGUGGCUGGCUUGUUCUACGUUUUGGUUGGAGGUCUGUCUCUGGCUAUGGGUGUUGCCUUGAUUGAGUUCUGCCGACAUGGUCGCUCAGAAGCUGCUCGUGCCAAUGUGCCGCUACGCGAUGCUCUGCGCGCUAAGACUCACCUCGGCAACACUGAACGUAAGGGGCAAUCUCAACGCAGUGCACAACGUGAAAACGAACGUCUUGGAUGGAACGGUGGAGCUUUCGGAAGCCAGUACUACAGCCCGGCCAACCAGAUCGGCCAGGAGGAGACGGCGCUGCAUACUAGCUUCACACAAGUCUGAUCCGCAGCCCGGGAGGCGACGACUUCGAUUCGUCGGCCGUCCCACUCCCGGAAGAUGUCCAGUUCAGUCGAGCUCUAUCAACUAUAAACAACCUGGCAUCCCUCUGACAACCGAUUACCUGCAUUGACCACGGACCUAAUGGCUUUUGCCCCUAUACUACAGCGGAUUCGAAUACUGAACGAAUUGGCUUUUACUGGACUGACUAUCACUGAUUUGAUGAAAUCAUUGGAAAACCCCCGAUUGGGUGAUAAUUAUGUAAAUAAAUUUAGAUAAAAUUUUUAAAGUAUAAUAACUUUAACGCAAAUUUUCUCUUUUUACGUUUUGAUGUGUAAGCUAAACGAACGACACUAAUCUAUAUUUUCAUUUUCAUUUCAUUCUUAAUAUUAGGAAAAAGACUUGUAAGGAAGGGAAACGUUGGAUCUCUUUUUAUGUAUGUUAUAUUAGAUUGUAACGUGUCGUAUGUUUAAGUGAAUUUUACGCCAUCGUUGUUCACUGAACUAAGGCCACACGCGAUUCCUAAGGGAGCAUUUAAAGUAAUUUAAACGAAAUUUUUAUCUAACUAACGCAUUUACCGAAACAUUACCCCUCCCCACCCAAAUAUAUAUAACGUAAAAUUUUACUUAAACAUCAUUAUUAAAUAUGAAUUAUGUUGGCAAUUUAGUUGUUAAAAAAAGCCUGGCGUAUUUUACAAAGUAGAUGAAUAUCAGGGUCUUAUAAUUACGUGUUUAGUAAGUAAAACUUUUUUAAUUAGGUGACAUAAUUUAAAAUCCUGUAAUUCUAAAAGUUAUACCAGGUAGUUAGAUAAAGAUAAACGUUAAUUAUGGCUAAGUUACCGCUGUGAGGGCGCGGCGCCGGCGGUACUCCAGUUGUUGAAAUUAACGACUACGUUUGACUGCAGAGCGCCUAAAUAUUCGCGAGUUACGGCGAUACGUGUUUGAUUGUCAGUGCGACCGAUCGUACAUACGUCGCCGUAGGGCUGCAGCUGCGGCCCCAGCGUGUACUGGCGUGCGUGGCAGCCAAAAUUAAAUUGUAAAAACGGAUUGUUACUAGCCCAAUCUGUUAUUUCUAUACACAAAAUCUCACACUGACUAACAUGUCAGUGUAAAUAUCGAUCGUCAGUAAAACACUUAUUUUACUGUUAACGUUAGUAAAAGGAUAAACAGAUGGGUAAAAAGAGAAGACGGACUGAUAAAACUAUCUUUAUAAUUCUAUUGACUAAAAUGUAAAAACCUUUAGGGCAGGUCAAUUUUACUUGCAUAGGUAUAAUGAUAUGCCAGGGAUGAACAACGUUCACAGAGGUUGCUAACUAUACUGGAGCAUUAUAUCGUCGACUGUUAAUUGUGUCCAUCUCUGGGAGUACUACAUUAUUGAUGUAUUACAUUAGCAGUUAGUUAUUUAGUAGUUACAGUGAUCACAUGAAGAUGUUUGCAUAUACAAUGAUCCGAUAACACGGUAAACGCUUUUGUAUGGCACGUGCUCGGUACAUUUUGUGCAACAUAAUUAUACACACGUAAUCAGAAACAACACCCACUUUACAAGUGUUCACUGUAACUUUAUAUUUUAGAAGUAUACUAUAAGCACAUGUAACCAUAGGUUUAAAAUCAAUAAUAAUAAAUAUAUUAAAUAAAACGUGUAUCAGAACUUCAAUAUAAAAAGUAGUUUCAAAAUUGACGUCUAUAUCACAUACAGUUUUUAUUAAGAUUUACCUUAAAUAUAAUCCAAUUAAUAAAAAGUAGGCUAAAUUUCUGUGUCUUAAUGUGUAAUUGAGUAGAUGAAAGCACAUUACAAUCUGAUUCCUCCAAAUAAAUCAGUUAUUUUAUCUAUUUUAUUUACUACUUUAUUAUAUAUAACUAUGAAUAUAUUACUUCUCGACUCUAUAAAUUAUAACUUACUACAACCAAUUGAUCAGUUAACUAUUUACUCUUAAUUUUAUAUGUAUUUAUAUAUUGAUAUACAUUUUAUAGUAAAUGUUGUUACCUAUAAAUUAAGAUGAAUAAAUUAUUAAUGCCAAAGGCACUAUAAAAUCAUAUCAAAAUUAUAAGUGACAGUCAAACUAUUAGGAAAUUCAUUAUUGGUUUGUUUUUAUAAUUAAAUUUAAGCAAAAAUUAUUGGUAUGUAGCUUGUUAAAUUAAUUACGCUUCCGUCCUAAAGCUAUUUUGAUAAUUUAAAAAUACCGUUAGCUAUUAAUUAAGCUUGGCCUCUAAUUUUUUUUUAUUUAUCUUUUGGCACCUGCCGAAUUCUAGUUUUUAAAUUUUGUGCCAAAAGUAUCAGCAAUGAAAGGGGAUUGGAUAUAAAGGGAGAAUGAUAAAAUUCACUAUUACUAUAAAACAAAUAAUGUAAAAUCUGCGGUGAAAUCCGUCCGUCUGGUUGAAAGGCUGAACAUUACUACGGAAGCGAUUUACGGCGCUUAAUUUCAAUUGGAUAUUAUUGACAGAACUCCGCUACAUUUGGCCACCAAUAUUCAUUUUGCAAAUUAACUGUACUGAGCCAGUCAGACGUCACUCAAAUUCAUUUGCAAUUAACAAAAUUACAACAACAUUUGCAAUCACUUUUUUGUAUAUAAAAUAUUGCCAUUUUAACAUAAUUGCAUCUUUAUACAUAUACAUAUUCUACUUAUUCCUAAUAUUUAUAUUAAAGAAUUCUUCAAAUGACUGAUUUACAUAAUCGUUUCACGGACGUAGUCUAGAUAUAAGAGCGUAUUUCAAUAAUUAUAUUAUAUUAAUCAUUAAUAAUAAAUGUAAUCGAUUAUUAUCUAAUUAAUUGUAUAUCUGCGAUGAAUCAAGCAGACACUAGUAAUAAUUUUGAAGACUAAUGACCGGUUACUUGUAUCACUUACUGUCACAAAAAAUAUUGAAAGAAACCUAUUAACAAUAUUAUGUAUUUACUCGUUAAAAUCAGAAGUUAAAGAGAAACCAUAACAUCGCGUUGCGACGACGCAUCGUAAAAAUUGCAUUAUACGACGACGAUGCUAAUUAUCAGUUUUGUACGGUAGUUUCAUUUGUACGAUCAGACAUUGCAAAUUUUUGGGAUGCGUCGUCGCAACGCGGUGUUCUAUCCUCUCCUUAACACUCUUGUAAUCUGUAGUGUGAUGUCAUUAUUCGAUAAUUACUGUGAAAUCAAUUCAAUAUAUUAUCUAUUACAACUUGUCUAAAUCACAUCAGUAUACCAAUGUUACGAGAACAGUUUAGUCACCAAUAACUGUACUUUACGACACAACACAGGUAGCCUUUUAAUACCUAAGCGUGAAUUUAGGUACCUAUUACCACAUAUUUACACAAUAUUGUCGUAACACUACUACUUGUAUGUGAUGGAUCUAUGUAUAUGUUUGUUAUAAUAAACCAUAAUAAAGUAAUCGAAAAAAUACAA